AACAAAUAAACAUGGAUAGUAGCAAGCUAUUAAAAACUGUUUAUGGCAUCGACAUACACUUUGAAGAUCUGGUCUACCAGGUCAAAGAGCCGAAGCAGAAAGAAAAGAAAUCGGUGCUCAAGGGCAUUACCGGUACGUUCAAAUCGGGCGAGAUGACUGCUAUUAUGGGCCCAUCGGGCGCCGGCAAAUCUAGUCUUAUGAACAUUCUAACGGGCCUCACCAAAAAUGGUGUCUCGGGCACCAUUGAAAUCGGCAAGGCACGCAAAUUGUGCGCCUACAUCAUGCAGGAUGAUCAUUUCUAUCCAUUCUUCACAGUGGAGGAGACGAUGCUUCUAGCAGCCGCACUUAAGAUAUCCAAUAAGUGUGUUAGUCUGAAGGAAAAACGCAUUUUGAUCGACCACUUGUUAAACACAUUAAAACUGACCAAGGCCAAGCAGACAAGAUGCUCAAAGCUGAGCGGUGGCCAGAAAAAGCGCCUGUCUAUUGCUCUGGAACUAAUUGACAAUCCAGCUGUGCUAUUUUUAGAUGAGCCCACAACUGGCCUGGACAGCUCGUCUUCCUUUGAUACCAUACAAUUGCUGCGGACACUGGCGAAUGAGGGACGCACCAUUGUGUGCACAAUCCACCAGCCAUCGACAAACAUUUACAAUCUGUUCAACCUGAUCUACGUGCUGAGUUCUGGUCAAUGCACCUAUCAGGGCACGCCCCAAAAUACGGUGAUGUUUCUGAAAACGAUCGGACUCGAGUGCCCCGCCUAUCACAAUCCAGCCGAUUUCUUGCUGGAGUGCGUGAACGGGGACUUCGAUGAUCACACUGAGGCCUUGACCGCAGGUGCCAGAGACACACGCUGGCGAUACGAUCAGCAGCUGCUGCAGGACGAGGCAGAGCCACCAUCCGAUACUCAGGUGGCCAAGUUCAACGAAUCGCAAACCCAAGGCCAAGCGACGCAGUCCAAAAUACAAAAGGCUGAGUCAGCCAAGGAGCUCAUUAAGCACACCUACCCACCGCCUGAAUGGGUGCGCUUAUGGCUGCUAAUCGGACGCUGUCACCUACAGUUCUUUAGGGAUUGGACUUUGACAUAUCUGAAGCUGGGCAUGCAUAUUCUGAGUGCCGUUAUGAUUGGACUAUUCUUUGGCGAUUCCGGCAUUAAUGCGACGAAGCAAAUAUCAAAUGUGGGCAUGAUUAUGAUACACUGUGUCUAUCUCUGGUAUACGACUAUAAUGCCUGGCAUCUUGCGCUAUCCCCUGGAAAUUGAGAUAAUCAAAAAGGAAACAUUCAACAAUUGGUACAAACUGAGAACCUACUAUGUGGCCACCUUGAUAACAUCCACGCCAGUCCAUAUAAUCUUCUCGACAGUCUAUAUAACCAUUGGAUAUCUGAUGACCGAUCAGCCAGUUGAAUUAGAUCGCUUUGUAAAAUAUUUGCUAACUGCUGUUGUCGUAACUAUCUGCGCAGAUGGCUUGGGCGUGUUCCUGGGCACCUUACUUAACCCGGUGAAUGGCACAUUUGUUGGAGCUGUUUCGACAUGUUUUAUGCUCAUGUUUUCGGGCUUCCUGAUCCUGCUGAAUCACAUACCCGCAGCCUUACGAUUCAUAGCUGCUCUUUCGCCAAUGCGAUAUGCUCUAGAGAAUAUGGUUGUAUCAUUAUAUGGGAAUCAGCGCGAUAAGCUAGAGUGUCCACCCACCGAAUUCUACUGUCAUUUCAAAAAUGCGAUUACGGUGCUGCGUCAGUUUGGCAUGGAACAGGGCGACUUUGGCUAUAACAUCAUGAUGAUCUUGGGCCACAUAACGUUGUUCAAGAUAUUGGCCUAUUUUACGCUGAAGCAUAAGCUCAAAUCAGUUUGAUUUGGUUUUCAUUAGUGGCCUAGUAUUUUGAGCUUAAUAUAAAUUAAAUGUGAUUUUAUGUUACUUAUCGCUUAGCUCAAGUGAACAACCAUUUUAAAUCGGCGUGUGAUACUUUAACUAAUUCUACUUGUUGCUGUACUACAUGUAAAAUAUGUAAAAAAAAAAAAA